AUGCGUCGUCCCUUAUUUUUGCGCAUCGUCAAUGUCGUGCAGUCUGAUCCUUACUUCCAACAAUGUUCAAACGCAUUUGGUAGACGCGGCUUUACACCGCUGCAGAAAUGCACAAUUACUAUUCGGCAACUUGCAAAUGGAGGUGCAACUGAUCAAUACGAUGAGUACAUGCGGAUUGCAGAGUCCAUAUUGUUGGAGUGCUUGAGAAAAUUCUGUCGAAUCAUCGUCCAACUCUUUGGCGCCGAAUACUUGAGGAGGCCGACGUACACCGACUAUCAAAGGCUCCUUGCACUGCACGAGAAAAAGCACGAGUUCCCAGGGAUGCUACGAAGCCUAGAUUUCAUGUACUGGGCAUGGCAAGGAGCAUACACUCGAGGUGAUCAGGGGGAGCCAACAAACAUACUCAAAGCUGUCGCAUCCUAA